AUGGCGACCGUCGAUGUUAUAUCGUCCUGUCUUGUACGGAUGGCCGGAAAAGAUAACCUCCGGCAGCCUUCGACGCUGACAACGUUAGACCUAACUCCAUGGGAUCUUAUCCACCUCUGCCAAGACCCUCUUCGAAAAGGGCUUCUCUUCUCCAACUUCCCCGCUCGACACUUCAUCGAUCUCCUCAAAAAUUCACUCUCCGGCGUGCUCGAUUUCUUUCCGCCGCUCUCCGGCCGCCUCGCCGUCGCAAAUCACAACGACGGCGGUGGCUGCGUUUCUUACUUCAUCAAUUGCAACGAUGCGGGAGCUGAAUUCAUACACGCCGUCGCACGUGGCAUGUCCGUGUCCGAUGUUGUCGAGCCCAAAUACGUGCCCGAAAUAGUGCCGUCGUCUUUCUUCCCGACGAAAGAAAGUCUGAACUACGAAGAGUUGUCGAAGCCUUUGCUUGCGGUGCAAGUGACCGAGCUCGACGACGGCUUCUUCCUCGGCUGCGCCGUUAAUCACGUCGUCGUCGACGGAGCAUCGUUUUGGCACUUCUUCAAAUCCUGGUCCGAAAUUUCGCGCGGCUUGGAAUCGAUAUCGAAGGCUCCUGUUUUCGAUCGGUGGUUCCCGAGCAACGUUAGCGACGAAAAUCGCGCGAUCCGUCUCCCGCCGUUAGAUCAAAAUCCAACGGUCAAUCCGGCUCCUCCUCUGCCAUUGCUCGGAAGAGUUUUUCACUUCAGCAAAGAGAGUUUAGCCAAGCUAAAAAUCAAAGCCAACACGAAACCCGGUUGCGACGGAAAAAUAAAAAUCUCGACAUUUCAAGCUCUGUCAGCUCAUCUAUGGCGAGGCGUCUCGCGCUCACGACACUCGGAAAGUGUAACUAAUUCAAAAGAGCCGCAAUUUUUUACGCUAAUAGUCGAUGCGAGAGCACGAGUGCCCUUGCCGGACGGCUAUUUUGGCAACGCCGUUUACGGCGCGAGCGUUGAAGUUACCGAGCACGAACUUCUACACAACGGGCUAGAAUUUGUCGCAGGGAAAAUCAACGAAUUGGUUAGUCGACAGACGAGGGAAGCCGCGAUCAAGUCCGUGGAAGAUUGGGUCGCGACGCCAGUGAUCGUGAGGAAGGGGUCUUUCAAAUUUCUCAUCACCGGUUCGCCGCGCUUUGAUGUCUACGGCUGCGAUUUCGGAUGUGGAAAACCGGUCGCUUCGAGGAGCGGCGGAAAUCAAAUUUUUGAUGGGAAGGUGACCAUUUUUCCGGCGGCUCGAUGUGGCGGCAUUGAUGCGGAAAUUUGCUUGUCGCCGGAGGCGAUGAAGGCCAUGGAAGACGAUGUCGAGUUCAUGGAAGCGGUAACCAUUUAGAUCGGAAUAAAAUUGCUUGUAUUUGAUGUCGUUUAGUUCGAUUUUUUCUUGACACAG